AUGUUUUUUUUUUGCGUAAGAGAACUGAAACGAUUAAAUCUCAUCAAACAGCUCUAUUCAGACAAUGUUGUUCUUCUGGCUUUUCUGGCUUCUAUCGGUCUUACAUUACUCAUCUUAGGUUGUGCAUUGUCUCAAUAUAAUUGGUGGCCAACAUUUGUAAUUAUAUUUUAUGUUCUUUCUCCGAUUCCAAUAGCCAUUGGACGUCGAUGUACAUCCGAUGGUGGUUAUAAUAUGCGUGAUUCAAGUCCAUGUGCGGAUUUAAUGUGGUUUAUAACAAGUGUUAUUGUUGUUUCAGCAUUUGGUUUACCAGCGGUUAUGUAUCGAACAUCUGUUAUUCCAGUUGGUUCAAUGGCUUUUAUAAUGUCGGCUAAUAUUGUUAUAUUUACAACGAUUACAAUUUAUUUCGUGACAUUUGGAUCAGAUGAUAGUUUACCUAAUUUUUAA